AUGCAUCUGGUGCGACGAGUAGCAGGGCCUCUAGCGGGAAGGAUUCGACUUUCUUCUCGAAGCGCAAAUCCUUCUUCCGCUGUAACCGCCAUCGGUGUUUCAGCCAUUUCACAGUCGGGCAGGAACAUUCCGUCCGGUAAAUUUUGCUUUGGCAGAUCAAGUUGGUGGAGUAAGGACAAUCAUUCUCUUCUAUGGAUUAUUGCAGCAGGACAAUCUGUUUUCAUCGGGAUGAACGACAACCCUGUACUAGCCGACGCUUCCAUACAAAGUAAUUCUAAAACUGAAUUGGAAGCUGCUGAGACGACUGCUUUACAGAAAAUUGAUGAUGGUUCUGUUGUAUCAAAUAUUCAUACGUCUAAGUGGAGAGUUUUUACAGACAAUGGAAGGGAAUUUUUCCUUCAGGGGAAAUUGGACAAUGCAGAAACUCUCUUUCUUUCAGCAUUAAAAGAAGCCAAAGAAGGUUUUGGAGAGAAAGAUCCCCACGUUGCAUCUGCUUGUAACAAUUUGGCAGAACUCUAUAGAGUUCAGAAGGAAUUCAGUAAAGCAGAACCUCUGUAUUUGGAGGCCAUAAAAAUACUGGAAGAAUCAUUUGGUCCAGAGGACAUUCGUGUAGGUGCUGCUCUUCAUAACAUGGGUCAGUUCUACCUUGCUCAACGGAAAUGGGAAGAAGCUUCUAAAUGUUAUGAGAUAAAGGGGCGUGUUCUAGGAUUCAAUAAUCCAGACUAUGCCGAUACUAUGUAUCAUCUUGGGACGGUGAUAUUUCUUAUGGGAAAACAAGCGGAUGCUGAAGUUCUCAUUCAGGAUUCCAUCAGGAUAACAGAGGAAGCUGGACAAGGGGAAUCAAUUACAUGUGUAAGGAGAUUGCGGUAUCUUGCUCAGAUAUAUUCGAGGUCCAAUCGCCUUGUGGAAGCUGAAAAUGUGCACAGAAAGGUCCUGCAUAUAAUGGAAUUGUCAAAGGGUUGGAAAUCUAUGGACACAUUGAUGGCAGCUCAAGGGCUAGUCCAGACCCUACUUUUAGCUGGGAAAUUUGGUGAUGCGCAGGAACUUCUUGAAAGGUGCCUUGAAACUCAAAAAAGCCUACUCCCUGAGGACCAUAUUCAGAAUGCUAGCACAAUGACUCAGCUGGCAAAGGCAGUGCUGCAAAAUUUUGAUACACUGAGAAACAAGAAUCUUUCGGAAGCAGUUGGUGAACUUGACAAGGCAAAGGAUAUCCUAAUCAAAUCCAUGAGGAUAUCCCAAAAAGCCUUAGAUACGCUCAGAAAGCAAACUGGAAGUAGGAAAAAACAUGGAGUAGCUGAAGGAACUCGAAGGGAAGGAAGGGUUGCCUUGGCAACACUGCUGCAGUCACUUUACACCCUUGGUCUUUUGGAGAUCAAGAAGCAUGAGUUGCAGGAGAAAGAGAAAUGUUCAUCUGCUGCUGAGGAUGCACUUUUUCAAUGUAUUUCUGUAUACAAAGAGUUUGAAGCUGAGAAAUUAAUUUCUGAUUUCCCUGAAGUGAAGACCAAGUACCUGUCGUGCUUGAAGCAGCUGUCGUCCCUGGUACGUAGUAAUGCUGUCAACCAAAUUGCGAAGAUAUCAACAUCAGCCGCCGUGGAAGAGCUUAACGAUGAAAUCAAGCGGGUGGAAGCUGAAAUUUCUCGUUACAAGAGCUCCAAACCCUGA